GGAGAAUAUAUAGAGCUUUGCUGGUCGCUGUUUAAUUCCUUUAAUUCCGCUUAUGUUACGGGUGUUGUGCGUCUAUUCAAAUGAAGCUCCUCCUCCUCCAGUGAAGCUCCUCCUCCUCCAGUUCAGCUAUAAACACUGGAAUAUUCCCAUCAGGCUCCAGUGACGAGUUUAUUGAAGGACAGCGAGAACAUGAAUGAUCCAGAACCCUGCAAAAUUAAAAAUGAAGACUCUGAACAACAAAUAGACCUAAUUGAAGAGAAUGAGGAGAGUAAAGAGGAGGAACAUUAUGUCAAAAUUGAGGAAAAAACUCUUUUACAGACUUGUGGUAUAUUGAAAAGGAGAGAUAAGAAUCAUUGCACCUGCGCUCAGUGUAUAAAAAGUUUUGGAAGAAAAGGCAAUCUUAAGAUUCACAUGAGGAUCCACACUGGAGAGAAACCAUUCUCAUGCACUCACUGUGGGAAGAGUUUCAGCUGCUCAUCACACCUUAAUGGACACAUGAUGACCCAUACCGGAGAGAAACCAUUCACAUGCACUCAGUGUGGGAAGAGUUUCAGCCAAUCAUCAUCCCUUAAUCUACACAUGAGGAUCCACACUGGAGAGAAACCAUUCACAUGCACUCAGUGUGGGAAGAGUUUCAGAUGCUCAACACACCUUAAUCUACAUAUGAUGAUUCACACUGGAGAGAAACCAUUCACAUGUACUCAGUGUGGGAAGAGUUUCAGCCAAUCAUCACACCUUAAUGGACACAUGAUGAUCCACACCGGAGAGAAACCAUUCACAUGCACUCAGUGUGGGAAGAGUUUCAUCCGCUCAUCAUCCCUUAAUCUACACAUGAGGAUCCACACUGGAGAGAAACCAUUCCCAUGCACUCAGUGUGGGAGGAGUUUCAGCUGCUCAUCACACCUUACUUUACACAUGAGGAUCCACACUGGAGAGAAACCAUUCACAUGCACUCAGUGUGGCAAGAGUUUCCACCAAUCAUCAGCCCUUAAUCAACACAUUUGGAUCCACACUGGAGUGAAACCAUUCACAUGCACUCAGUGUGGGAAGAGUUUCAGCUGUUCAUCACACCUUAAUCUACACAUGAGGAUCCACACUGGAGAGAAACCAUUCACAUGCACUCAGUGUGGAAAGAGUUUCAGCCGCUCAUCAUCUCUUAAUCAACACAUGAGGAUCCACACUGGAGAGAAACCAUUCACAUGCACUCAGUGUGGGAAGAGUUUUAACUGCUCAUCACACUUUAAUCACCACAAGAGGAUCCACACUGGAGAGAAACUAUACACAUGCACUCAGUGUGGGAAGAGUUUUAACUGCUCAUCACACUUUAAUCACCACAUGAUGAUCCACACUGGAGAGAAACCAUUCACAUGCACUCAGUGUGGGAAGAGUUUCAGCCGCUCAUCAUCCCUUAAUCAACACAUGAGGAUCCACACUGGAGAGAAACCAUUCACAUGCACCCAGUGUGGGAAGAGUUUCAGAUGCUCAUCACACCUUAAUCUACACAUGAUGAUUCACACUGGAGAGAAACCAUUCACAUGCACUCAGUGUGGGAAGAGUUUCAUCCGCUCAUCAUCCCUUAAUCUACACAUGAGGAUCCACACUGGAGAGAGACAAUUUACUUGCACUUAAGCCGCGGUCACACUGAACUUUUCUACCCAUAGACUUCCAUUCAUACGCACGCGACCAGAAAUGCAAGUUCGUGCGUCAGGUUUUACAGUUCACUGCGUUGCAAAAUACAAGCUUGGUGGACUCUGACCUGCGAAAUCGCAUCACUUGACUGUGUAAGACCAAUUGUAGAUCAAAACAUGACUUCUCUGGACAGCAAUGUAAAAUAUGGACCAAUAGCUUACUUUAUUAAUGUUUAAUCAUCUUGUUUAAUCCCGCCCUUUUUCGCAGUGCCGUACAACAGAAUUUCGCAUACUCAAACUCUAGUGUGACAGCAGCUUCGGUGUGGAAUGAGUUUCAGCAACUCAUCAGACCUUAAAGGCUCACAAAACACAUUUUUGAGCUGUUGACAGUCAUAUAAGUGUCCCAUGCUGCUAAAAACACUAUUAGGACACAUAUUUCACAAUGUUAGUGAAUGUUUCGUGAAAUCAGGUUGUUUUUGCGUUAUUUCGAGCAAAUUCGUUCUUCCGGUUUGAAACUAAUUUUUGAAGCUGCGUCACGUGGAUUAGAUCCUGGCAUGUAGACUGGCUGUCUGUACCUGGGAAUACUUUGUGAUGUCUCUGAGUGUGCUGCAUUUAUUCAUGAAAAAGACUUCAACCAAUCAGUGCGCUCUAUUGUGUAUGCGAUGCAACUUCAUUAAUUUGCAUGAUAGUUUCAAAGACUGUUUUACCUGAAACAGUGUUCAAAAAGCAGAUAGACGACACGAUGUGUUGCCAAAACAAGUGGGAGAAUAAGAAUUGUUUGGAGAUACGGGUCAUCAGUGUUGCUUUUAUAAUUUGCUGCAUCGAAGGUUAUGUUUUCAUUUUCCUGCUAUGAGGUGAAGUUUCAUAAACUAAUUUCGAGAGGAGCACGUGAUAUGAUUGAGCACGUCUGGCCACUCAUCUGUAAUCAGUAAUAAUCCAAUCAGAGUGAUCCUAGUCUACUAUAAAUGGAUCAUUUUCUCCCUAAUGUUUUAUCUUCGUUUGGAAGAAUCCCCCCUUCCACCCCUUCUCCUCCUUUUCCUCCCUUUUCUAAAAAGGGGGAGCUCUCGAGACCUACCUGAUCUCGGAUCUCCUGAUAUGCUUAUCGACCGGGCGGGAGCCCUGGGCUCAAAUAUCUCCGAGCUCAGGGUUCUCUCCCGGGACAGUAUGCCAAACCUGCUUUAUACGCCAAGCAUAUCUAAGUGGGAACUCUUGAAAGCGCAGGUGGACUCGUGUGGAUUACAGUGCGCGUGACAUGCGGCAGAAAUACGUUUGUACAGAACAUUUUUUACUCAAGAGCUUUUUGCAUCUGGAAAUCGUGAAAUCUGGAUUUGCUUCUCGUCUCCUUUUACAAAAAAAAAGGCUCCAGUUGGUGUUGAUUGCCCUGUCUCUAUAGAUUUGGUAAGUAAGCGAUCAGUGGUCUUUGUUUGUUUAUUCAGAUGGCAAAGUUAGUUCGUAUCGUCAGCAGUACUCUUUCAGUGUUUAAAGACAGACCUUAGGCAAAAUGAUUUCUAAGUUGUUUACAGUAAGUUAAUAUCACUACAAUAUUAUGGACUGAAAGAUCUGCUGUAAAUGCUGUUCUCCGAGUCUAAACAUGUAAACACCGCAAUCACAAACUAUUACCGACCGUCGUGUUGAAUUUUCGCUGCGUUUUGUGACGGGAUAGUCUAUGCACACACACUCACGGCUUUCUGACCUACUGAGUGCAUCAGAGUUACUGAGAAAUGCAGAGGUUUUUUUUUCUCUUAUACAACGUGCGGUAUCAAACAUUCCACUG